CAACCUUCAAUUCGACUGCUGGCAUUUAGUUUAUAAUUGUCAAUUUAAGCAGUUGUUACAGCAUUGAAGGGCUUAAAAAUGAAACUUGUUACAAUAUUAAUUUUAGUUCAAUUUUGGACACAAAGUUUUGGUUUGCCGGCGGAUAUUUGUGUUGGAAGUGGAUAUUUUGAUAUUCGGCCACAUCCUGACAAUUGUUUGCAGUACAUUUUUUGUUUUUGGGAAACUCCGACCAUAGUUGACUGUGAGGAAAAUCACAUUUUCGAUGCAAUAAAUAAAGAAUGUAUGCCAGGCUAUCCAGACAUUUGUGAAUUUACUUCAACAGCUUCUCCUACCACCACAACCCAAAGCACAACAACAACAACUUUAAGCGACACAACUACAACAACUUUAAGCGACACAACUACAACAACUUUAAGCGACACAACUACAACAACUUUGAGUGACACAACAACUACAACAACUUUGAGUGACACAACAACUACAACAACCGAAAGUGGUCUUGCAAAUAAUUUCUGUCAUGGAAUCAACUUUGGUAGAUUUCCACAUCCCAUUAAUUGUUUUCAGUUUGUUGUUUGCGUAAAUGAAGUUGCACAUAUUAUCGAUUGUACGUAUCCAACUGAGGUAUUUUAUAGUGAUUCAUGCGUUCCAGGCAAUUCUACAACAUGUGAAGUUUUUACAAAUGGAACAACAACAACUACAUUGAGCGACACAACAACAACAACUUUGAGCGAUACAACAACAACAACGUUGAGCGAUACAACAACAACAACAACGUUGAGCGAUACAACAACAACAACUUUGAGUGAUACAACAACAACAACAACAACAACUUUGAGUGAUACAACAACAACAACAACAACAACAACUUUGAGCGAUACAACAACAACAACUUUGAGUGAUACAACAACAACAACUUUGAGCGAUACAACAACCACAACAUCUGAAGCGGGACCAGAAAUCACAACACCCUUGGCAACUACAACAACUCAACGUCCAAACGGUCCACCAGAACUCUGUAUUGGAAAUAACUUGAGAUUCAUACCAGACCCUGAUUAUUGUUUUAGAUUCUAUUACUGCUUGUUUGGCGUAGCACUGCCUGGCGACUGUAAACCAGAUAAUAUUUUCAGUGAAAAAUGGAUAGGAUGUGUCCUUGGAGAUUGGGAAACGUGUGAGCCAGAAAAUCCAAUCUUUACAUUGAUUCCGAAUCAUAUUUAAAUAAAUUGAAAGAAUUAGUAAUUAUUGGAUCAUUUAGUGCUUACUUUUCCAGGGGUAUAUCCCAA